AUGGCUGACCUGGACGCCGAACUUCUCGCCCUGGCGGGAGGUGAUGAUUCCUCCGACGAGGAAUCUCCCGCCGUCUCUCAACAAAAGGACAAGGACCAGCAGAACCGGUCCUCCGCCAGUCCAGCAGCCAAGGACCAGAACGAAGACGCGGAUAUGGCUCGCAAGGGGAUAGCUCGUCCGGUCAAGCGGCCACGGAAGAGAGCCAGGGCUUACAAUGACGAGGAAGAAGAGGGCGAGCUCCACCAGCAGCAGCAUGUCAAUUUCACGGCACUUGAGAACCUCCCGACUAACGAUACCAGCUCCUCGUCCACUACUCGAUCUCGCGGCUCCCUGCGAUCAGCAUCCAUGUCUGAGUCGGAGUCAGAUACCUCGCCUCCCCCCGAUGACAACCAGGGGCCUAUCUUCCCAUACGAGAAGCUCUUCUACUCUGCCAAAGACAAGAGCGAAAUCAUGGCUCUCCCGGAAAUCCAGCGUGAAGAGCUUCUCUCUGAACGAGCUCAGCAAGUCGACCGCCACAACCAGGACAUUGCACUACGUCGCCUCCUCGCUAGCCGAGAGCGCGAAGAAGCCCGUGCAGCAUCCAAGAAGAAGCGGAAAGUCAGCUCUACCGAUCUAGAAGAGAGCCAGCGCAAGAGUUCGCGCAAGAAGACGGUCCUCGGUGGACGGAAAGUCGGCGAGCCAUCCGAUGCGAUCGAGGCCUACAAACGCCAGCGAGAACAAAAAGGGAAGCGUGAUGAGCAGCGACGCCGCGAUGCAUCGUCACGAAAGAACAAUGCUGGAAGCUCACCCGCUAGAGAGACGGACGACCGAGAUGCCAGUGGUGAGAGCGAGGUGGAAUGGGAUGAAGGGAACCGACGACGCUCCGUCUCGCCUCCUAAAUAUGACCCACCAGCUGAAUUGGCCGACUUCCAGCGUGCGAGGGUGGGACGCAGCAACUUUGCGCAAGUGUGCUUCUAUCCUGGCUUCGACCAGGCUAUCAGCAACUGCUAUGCGAGGAUCAGCUUGGGCCCCAGCCCAUCAACCGGCAAACCCGAAUACAGAAUUGGUCUUAUCAAGAAGUUCGUCGAGGGCCGUCCGUAUGCUAUUGAAGGCGUAAACGGGCGUAACUUCGUCACCACCCAAUACUGUCGUUUGGCGCAUGGCAAGGCCGAGAAGGAGUUCCCCUUCAUCGCCUGCUCAGAUUCACCAUUUACUGAGGCCGAGUUCAACCGUUAUCGUCAAACCAUGAUUGUCGAGGACUGCAAGAUGCCCACGAAGGCGAUGCUCGCAAAGAAAGUGGCAGACAUCAACCGCCUGCUCAACCACGAAUUCACUAAAGAGGAGCUUGAAGAGAAACUGCGCCGCCAAGGGACAAACGACAACAAAAAGGUUAUCUUCGCACGCAUUCAGCUCGAACGCCGACGCAACGAGGCCAUCGCCAACAAGGAGGAGGCCGCCAUUGCCGAAUGCGACGCAGAACUAGCCCGUCUCACCGGCCCCAAGCUGGCCUUCGGCACCACCCUCGUCAAGCCUCGUUCCAGCGAGAAGUCACAGCAAGAACGUCUCGCCGAGAUCAACAUGCGUAACCAGAAGCUCAACACCGAGAACGUACGCAAGGCCCAGCUCGCCGAACGCAAAGCGGCCAAGAUAGCCGCCGCAGCCGUUGCUCGAGGAGAAGCCGUGGCCGACCGUUUUGCACGUGUCAAGACUCGCGCGAGAACGUACUACGAGUCCACGGACGGGCAUCUCAUCCCCGUCAAGCCCGACGCCGUCAUCGCAGACCGCAGCCGUGCGAUCACUCCAAACACAGACGCCACAAACACGCCCGCCAACGGGACGACUCCCUCACGCGGCGUGACGCCAUCUAAGCCGUCGACCCCCAAGGUCUACAAGGGCGUCCCCGUCAUUCGACACCGGCCUACGGACGAGGACAACAUCGCCGCGUUGGACCUGGGCAUCGACAUUGAGAUCUGA